AGCGGAGUUACUCACAUAAAGUCGGGGAAAUCCCAACGAGCCCCUCAAAAACGCUUUUAAAUAAUCUUUCUUCGGGACUAAAGACUAAACUUUGGACAUCAUACAAUUAAUAAGAAACAAACGACCUUUUUCAAAAUGCACUCCAUGUCAGAAACCCCCGAGAUCGUCAUCCCUCAGGACCAGGCGGGAUCCACAGAGUACCAAGAAAACUGGAGCUUUAUUGACGAUGUAAAGCGACGCUUCGAGACAACUCAGCCAGAGGUUUAUGCGGCCUUUAUUCAGGCCUUGAGUAGAUUCUACACUGCCACACAAAACAAUACCGGAAACUCUGAAGGGGUGCUUUUUGAGACUCACGAGACCGUGAAGGCGUUGCUGCAAGGACACGAUGACUUACUGGAGAGGUUCGAAAGCAGUCUUCCCCAAGAUUAUCUUUAUCGGAGGCAUGAAGCAGCCGCAACGAGGCAAAGCUAGGACCUUGCGAAGAAAAUUAUUUACUUUACCUAUGGAG